AUGGUGGUACGACCAGAUAUAUCACUGCCUUUGAACAGUCUCGGGCCCGCAAUGGAUUUUAAUCCUCCAGUGACACCCUCCACUGACAAACCGCCGAGUUCAAGUGAAUCGUCUCCGCUAGUGAAUGCUACUCCACGUAGUGGCCGGCGUUGGACAGAAAGACUGGUACCGAAGAGAAAGCGAGUGCUUCAUAGCCCUGAACAGAUAAGGUCUGCAACACAAGAGCGAAGGCCAGUCAGUGCACUUGUAUCUCCUGUUACGGACUUUCCGCUGCGCUCAACUUCUAUCACUACCCCGCCGCGGUUCCAGAACGAUAUUGGGUUCCUGAGCACUCAGCGCCAGAAUGCUCCCGUGAUGUCACCGAUGCCAUUUAUGGGCGAGCUGACGGCAGAGAGCUUUCUAUCUCCUAAAAAGUCCAUUGUCAAUGCACGAUGCUGUUUGUGCGAUGAACCUGUCUCAACAAGGUCCAACGGAGAGCGUAUAAUAACGUUGGAGUGCGAUCACUCUUGCCAUGAAGACUGUCUGCUAGUAUUCCUCGAAGAAAACUCUUCUGAUGCGUCAAAAAAGCCUAACGAAGAGGACGAUAUCUAUGCCGUAUUCCCGGCAUGCAAAGCGUGUGAGUACUCAUCUGGGGUAAACAAAUGCAUUCCGAAGGAUGAUACCUUGCGUGAUAAACUAAUCUCUCAAUAUCUCAUUAAACGCACAAAACCGGUCCUUCGGAGCCACAUUCCACGUGUACCCCCAAUCGAAAUACCACCAACGAAGCCUGCACGCCCAUUUGGUUUACAGAAUCCCAAGCGAUCAGUUCAAAGGCCAACUCCAUUAGCACUUACUUCAUUGACCCUUCUAUCUCCGCCACGCAAACGUAAUGGAAGUGUUACAUCUUCGAUAUCUUCACUUGCUUCGUCAGUUCAACUAAAAGGUGGCGAUCCUUCUGCCGAAGCAUCAACUCGGUAUUUGGCAUUAUUGCGCUCUUAUUUUGUACAAUCCUUAUUUGUAAACUAUCCCGACUGGGAGGUGGACUCAUCCUUUGGUUUAUUACGUCUAGUUGAUUCUUUUACUUGUUCCAGAGAAAAUGACCCAGAAGGGUAUCAAGAUAGCGUCCUGUACUUAUUUGAGCAUCGACUUGUUGCAGGUAUUCCAGUUACUAAACCAAAGCAUACGAUGGUUGGAGUGAAGUUCAGUUCUAUAUGGGAUUACGAUAUCUCUUCUUUUAGAGUCGACACAUUGCAAUCUUCCGUAUUGAAACUUACCUUCGAUAAUGACACAAUUUAUAUUUCGGAAGGAGUGUCAUCAAAUACAACCAAAGUGCUGGAGAAAUGGAUUAGUGCGCUUUUGAAUAUUGAAAUGCCAGUUAAUUCUACUAAUUUUACGUCGACCCUUCCAUUGCCCGACUUGGAUGAUGAGAGCGUCGGUAGCAUCAGAAGGUCAGAUAUCAUGGUACGGGCGACAGAUGUCAACGAUAGCGUCAUAGUGAGACGGGGCUUGUAUACUCACGAGAAGUCACUAACUCGAAAUGCUGAAAGUACUAUGAUGCGGGCAAGCAUUAACUCCAUUCUAUCUUUGAAACGCAGACAUCCAGAUGAACUAUGUCUCUUUUUUCAAAUCGAUACUGCUAAAGUACAAGCAGUAGAUUAUAAAAUCCUUGCAAAUACUUGCAAGGCAAUACUGUGGAAGUUUAACACCGCCAAGGUAGCCCUGGCGGAUAGCAAUGGUGGAAUCGUGACGAUGAGUUUAUUAAAAGACUUUAUACCAAUCUUCAGCUCAAUUGACCACAUACUAAGGCGCCAUGAAACAAGAAGAAAACUUUCUCCUAAUUUGGUUUACAGACACUUUUACGGCAAAGAAAGGCUUAAAAAUGUUGGUGUAUGCAUCAUCUCUAAUUCCGCUAUGCAAUAUGGUAAGUCUCUGUUGUUGAUGGACUAUUCAGCAUUCUGCAAUAUAGGCAAGAAAAGACCAAAUGAAUUAAAAGUAAAGGUUGGAUAUUUGAACACAGACUAUUCAGACCAGGUAUUUGAACUGGUAGAAACUGGUGGGUGGGGUGAUGUCCUAGAGGUAGUUUGUUAUUCCUUUAAUAUGGCAUUCGGCCAGGACGAUUACAGUGAUGAUGACGAAACUGAAGAUUACAUCACUGAAGAUGAUAUUACUGACAGCGACAGUAUACAUGACCAGCAGCCAACUUUUCCAAUUGCUAAGAAUUCCAUUGACACACCAAUAAUUGCAGAUGCUUCAUAUUUGCUAGAUAGUGACAGGGAAUCAAUAAUAGACCCAGAUCAAUCCGGUUCGGUUCGAUCCUUGCAGCUUCAGGCUUAUUCUGCAAGUGGUAGCCGCAACUCACCUACGUCUGGAUAUCUGGGUAUAUCAACACACCAUCCCUUGAGUGCUAGUGGAGCGUGGAGCUCGUUAAUAACGGAUUUGGAUAAUGCAUUAAACGAGGUUGUAGCCAACACCCCAAGCCCCGCCGUUAGUUCUAACAAUAGUGGUGAAUACUCAUAUCUAUAG